AUGAAGAAACUGUCUCUUCUGCACCGGCAGCAGUUCCGGGAAGGGGGUCUCACAUAUCCCCGCUGCUUUUACAGCGCUUCGAAACAAUCUCUUCCCGCAACCCCUCCAGCAACACCAACUGAUCUCCGCAAACCUUUGCACUCAACCCCACCCCGGCAUCAACAGGUAGCCACCCACGCUCGGCGGAAUCAGGAAGAUGGAACACCCUCACUUCCCUCCAGCCAACCUCACCAGACAUAUCCCCUGCGGGGCUACUAUCUCGAAAUUCUCUCCCACCCCAGGCAACGCACCAUACCCCGCCUCCCCAAAGAGAAAUCAAAGCCUGAGGUCCAGUCACAAACCUCUCCCCCGGUAGAUACCCGGAACCAGCCUCCGGAGCCAGCUCCCGAGCCUACCCCCGCGGAGAAAAUGAGGAUAGUUUUCGGAACCCGCCUAGCGGGACCGGGCUACUCCGGUUCCUCAGGUCGGUAUGACCCUGGCGGCCGCACCCCCGAAUCUACAUGGCGUGUCUUGAACGGUGUCCCUAUUCCACCCCGUCCCCAGGAACCCGAUAACUGCUGCAUGAGCGGCUGUGUCCAUUGCGUCUGGGAUGACUAUAGAGAUGAGGUUGAAGCAUGGGCGGAGCGAGUGAGGGAGGCAAGGAGAAAGGGAAGAACACAAAAGAAGAAGGGAAAGCAGAAAGGAAAGGAGAAGGGAAUGAAGGGGUCUAUUUCUGAGAAAGGGAGCGAUAGUUCUGUUGCUGGAGAGAUGCGACAUAAGCCGCGGAAGGAGGUGGAGAGUGCUAGUAUGAGUAUGGAUGAUGAUGGAGGUGGGUCAGAGGCGAAUUGGGAUGGCGGAAUUGGAGACGGUAUUGGAGAGAAUGCAGAUGAUUUGUUCUCGGAGAUUCCGGUGGGGAUUAGGGAGUUCAUGAAAACCGAGAAGAGGUUGAGGGAGAAGAAGCUGAUGACUCGAGCGGAGACGGGGACGGGAAGCGGGGAAGGGGAAGAGCCUCGCUUUAAAGGUUUCGCUAGCUGA